AAUUUUAUUCUUUUGGAGAGCUCGCUCUUGCUACUUCUAGCUGCUAGAGGCUUCGUUUAUUGAGUGGACAAGCUCCUUCGAUUCAAAUUUCAGUUCAGUUUCAUUACGUUCGCGCCAUCGGCUGGAUGGUGUCUGCUUAGCCUCCUUUCUUGCAAUUUCCUUUUUUUUUUGUUUCUGGUGUAACUUUGUUUUGUAUCGCACUACGGAGUGCACUUUAUGUGAUAAGGCUCUGUCUUCUCAAGAGAGAUAAUGACAAUCAAUCAUACAACAAGUCGACAAAAUCAAACCAACGAAGAGCUAUCGUCACUCAUUUGAUGCUCUUUUGUCAGAAAUAACGACAAAAAAGAAAAAACCACCCAUUCCAUCUAAUUUUUUUUUCGACAAACUCGUUUUUUAAGUGAUUUUGUUUUUUUGCGCUGAAAUUUUAAAUUUGGCGCGUGAAUUAUCACCAAAAAAAAAAAAAGUGAAAAGGUGCACAAAUUUGAUUUGUUUUGUGAUUUGUGUGAUUCUAUUUCUAUAACAAUCUUUUACGGUUUUUUGUUUGUUGAUAAUUAUUAUUUUUUUUUUUUUGUUAAAUAAACAUCAACUAAUAGUUACUCUAAUUUUGUAAGAGUUGAAAAACGAUAAGAAGGGAAUAAUGGCGGUUGAUUAUGUUUUGGAGGACCUAAUGGGGAAGUUGGGUGAUUUUGGCAGUUAUCAAUUCUACCAAUUCAUUCUACACAUCUUGUCAGCUUUACUUGCUGGCUUGCAUAUGCUGUCAUUAGUGACAGUUGCUGCUGUUCCCGAUCAUAGAUGUUAUAUCGAAGGUGUUGACAAUGGCACCGAUUAUGCUCCAUGGAAUUCAUCAGACAUUCUAGCUGCCAUUCCUUUGAAACCAUCUGGUGAAUUAGAUUCCUGUCAUAUGUUUGACAGUUUAAAUAAUACAGUGAAAUGUCAAUCGUAUGUUUAUGACAGAACUUACUAUCAAUCAUCACGAACAAUCGAAUGGAAUUUCGUAUGCGGUGAUCGUUGGUUGGGUUCGAUUGCUCAAACUAUGUACAUGUUGGGUGUUUUUACUGGAGCUGUUGUCUUGGGACGAAUGGCUGAUAAAGUUGGACGCAAGACAAUCUAUUGUUGGUCAGCAACUUUACAAUUGAUUUUGGGUGUAGGUGUUGCCUUCGUGCCGGAAUAUCAUGCAUUUUUAGUUGUUCGAUUUUUGUUGGGUAUUUUUGGAUCAGCUGGAGCGUAUAUAACUGGGUUUGUUCUAACAAUGGAAUUGGUGGGGUUGAGUAAGAGGACAUCAUGUGGAAUAAGUUUCCAGGGUGUAUUUGCUGGAGGAAUUAUGUUGGUUGCUGGAUGGGGAGCUCUUAUCAAAGAUAGACAACUUCUUCAGAUUGUUUAUGGACUGCAUGCACUUCUCUUGAUUCCACAUUGGUGGUUGAUGGAUGAAUCACCCAGAUGGCUCUGGGCACAGGGUCGCGCUUCUGAAGCGGUUAAUAUUGUUGCUAAGGGUUUGAGGAUAAAUGGAUCUGGAAUUCACAUCGACAAAGAGUACUACAUUCAAAAGUCUAAAAUGCAGACAAGUAUGGAAACAAAGUCCUCAGCCGGAAUGGCAGAUCUUUUCAAAACUCCAAACAUGCGAAUGAAAACCUUGAAUGUCUGCCUUUGUUGGUUUGCAAACUCAAUUGUCUACUAUGGUCUGUCGUUGAGUGCCGGAAAGCUCUACGGAAAUCCUUUCCUCAUAUUGUUCAUUAUGGGAUUGGUUGAGUUCCCCAGUUACGUUACAAUCAUUCUUGUCCUCGACAAACUCGGAAGACGUUCAAUUACCAGUACUCUUAUGUUAGGUGGAGGAAUUUGCUGUAUUGUUGCUGCCUAUGUGCUCCAAGGAAGCACCACAUCAACAGCCAUUGUUAUGAUGGGAAAACUCUUCAUUGCUGGAUCAUUUGCUGUGAUUUACAAUUACUCAGCCGAAUUAUUCCCCACUGUGGUGAGAAACUCUGCCAUGGGAUUGGGUUCUAUGUGCGCUCGUUUCGCUGGUGCCCUAACCCCUCUCAUAACCUUGCUAGAUUCGUUUGAUCCAAAAAUUCCCGCAGUUGUUUUUGGAGUGAUUUCUCUACUCUCCGGCUUCUGGGUGAUGUUCUUGCCGGAAACAAUGAACCAACCAAUGCCAGAAUCAAUUGAAGAUGGUGAGAACUUUGGCAAGGGUGACACUUGGUUCAGUCAGUGUGCAGGUAGAAAACAAACAUACCCAGAAGAUGAUCCUGAACAUAUGGUGCCACUUAAAGACAUCGAUCGUAAAUGAACAUAAAGUAUAAAAAUAUGACGUGUUCAUUCAAAUGAGAGCAGAGAUUUUGUUUAUUAUUAUUAUUAUUUUUUUUUUUUUGUUAAAUUGUAGUAUUGGUAGAAACUUAAUACUCUACAGAUGAUGUAAAAUUUGUUAAUUACUUCUUAAAAUACUUAUUUAAAAUAUUCGAUUUUUUUUUGUAUAGUAUUUGUUUCUUUUUUUUAUAUUUUUAUAUAAAAAAAUCUAUUUUGCUUAAACUUUGAAAUUGUUAAAUGUUUAAAUCAAAGUUUAAAUUAAACUCUAAUAAAUUAUAAUCGAAGUAAUUUUCUAAUUACUUAAAUGGAACAUUCCAAAAUUAUCGCCAAAACUUAUGUAUUAGAAAAAAAUGUACGUAUCGCAUACUCGUAUAUACGAGAAAAAGGUUACUAUUUUGUAUGCAAUAGUAGAGAUGUUAAAUAAUUAUAAAUAAUUGUUAGUUUAAUAUUAUUUUAUAAUCAAAUUUCAAAUCAUACAUAGAAAUCAUAAUAAAAGAAAAAAAUAUUAAUUUAA